AUGUUAAUUAAGCAUGUAAUACAUUUGAGGAUUCUCUAUUUCUCUCUCUCCCCAACGGCGGAUCCUGUUCUUCUGGAUGAUGAAAAGCUCGUCAAGCUUGCUAAGGUCGUUUACAAGCAAGAAGCAGAGGCAGCAAAACACUGCAAAUGCAACUCCGAAAUCGAACACUCCAACAGCUUUCGAGAAACCAAAGUUUGUUACAAUACGGUGCUUGGCCUUUUGGAUUCUGUGAAACAAUUAAAGAAAGACUAUGAGGACGGGGACGAGAAUCUAUCUUCCAUUGCUAAUGACAUUUUCUCUUAUGUGGUGUAUGCUGUGAACAAUGCCUUGCAGUUCCUGAGCAACUACAGUCUGCGUAAACACUACCUCGACAAAAUCAGUGAGAAUGCCAAAGCCCUUAUCAGAGCUCUGAAAGAAAUUGAUCCAAAUAACGUCACCAAUGUCCAACGCCUAGCCAAAGAUGCAAUAAUUUUCAGGAACGCCAUCUUGGAGAUCGUCAGGAAGAAAAACAGACCUAUUUCACGCUACUUAGCCAAAUGGCUCAAGGAAACCGGCUUGUCUUUUGGAAAACUCACCCAAAGGUAUCAAAACAAACUUAACUUUCAAGGGCAAUUUAGGAACCUGAAGAUGCAAAAAAGCUGCAAGUGUAUAAUAAAAUCAUUGAGGCAUUGGGGAGGGGAAGAAUUACAGUGAACCACGUGUCAAAAGCUCUAGGAGCAACAGGAAUGGCGGUGCUCAUCUUCACAGCAGCCAUAGCCUUGUGGGACGUGUAUACAUCUGACAACAAGCUGCAAACAGCGGCACGCGACACUUUACAGUUCAUAGGAGCAGCUGGUGGUGGGACGCUCGGACAAUAUGCCGCCACCGCCUUAGCCACAGGGUUGUUGGGUGCGGCGGCAUCUCCAGUGUUUGUGGUGGCUGCAGGAAUUGUGGGUGGCAUCGCAGGAGCAUACAUUCUUGGAAAAUUUGCAGCCCAUUUGGUUGACGUGGUAUUUAGCUGGGGAGACACCGAUAAUAUCACUCAUUUGAACGAUCAAAUCCAUUUCCAUCAAUGCUGCGUAGCACCGGCCCCCAACGGCAAUGUUUUGGCUCGUCCAAUUGCCCGACACGACGAACUUUAACUGCUACAACUUUGCUGCACACCAAGUAAGCCUCUCUCGUGCAUGUUUUCAUGCCCACUU